AUGGAGACUCCGAAACGUGGUGUAAUAAAUUCAGUUGGUAUUGCGGCUGGGUCAACAACGCCCUUAAAUGAAUCGUCAGGUGGUGUAGCAUUUGAAGUAUUACUUGAAGAAUCACCUAGACAGAAUGCCACUCAACCGUUACGAUUUUUAUCGCCCAGUAUUCGUGCUAAUACACAUAGUAAUAACAGUGCUUCGGAUGACAAUGUAACAAAAGAAACAAUAACACCGGAAAGUAUUAGUGAAAAAUUAAAACGUGCUGAAGAACGUCGUUUAUCAUUAGAAAAAUUACGAUCGAAUCUGCUAGCGUCAGAAAACAGUAAACUAAAUGAAGUACUCAAAAUUAAAGAUCAACGUCUAGAAGAAUUCAAAAAGACGACGGAAGAAAAAUUAUUAAAAAAACUAGAAACGUAUAAAGAAAAUCGUGAAAAUGUUUUGCAAUCAAAAAUUCAACAAGUGAAAGAAUAUGAAGAACAACGUUUUCAACAAUGUCAAAAAAAUUUGGAAAAAUUAGAAGAUGAACGAAAAUUAUUGCAAGAAAAAAUCAAUCAGAAAUUAGAAGCAGCAGAAAAUAACCGUCAAGAACAAUUAGAAAAGCUAUUAGAAAAAUUAGCUGAGCAUGAUAAAAGAAUUGAUAGAGCACGAGAAAUGAUUAAGCACAUAUCAGAUGAUGAUGAUAAUAAUAAUAAUAACGAAGCUAUUAAUCCUAUUGUUAGUGGUAGCGACGUAAAUGUCAUAUCAAUGAUGGCAGAUUAA